CCGGCUUCUUUCUUUUCUCUCCGAUGCCGCUGUAGUGAACAACAGACGCUUGUGGCUGGGCUGCAUGGAGGCACCGGGAGGGGCUGGAAGCCCAGAGCUAAACAAAGACAUCCAGAAGCUGAUGAAGCCCUCCAGCUCCGGAGAUCUCUCCAGGGAUCCAUUCCAGCCCCCUGCGGCCGAAGAGGAAGGAGCUCUGACAGGACACACUGCUGCUAGCCUACUGCACAUCGCUGAGAGGAGACGCGAGUACCGGGAGCCCUUGAGCAGUGUGUCUUCGUUGGAGGUCCACUUUGACCUCUUGGAUCUGACAGAGUUGACGGACAUGUCUGACCAGGAGCUAGCAGAGGUUUUUGUCGACUCUGAUGAAGAGAACCACAACGAGUCCUCAGCAGGUUCCCACCAGCCUGUGCUGCAGAAGACUGGCUACAUGCGCUCCCCCUCAUGGACACGCAGCAGUAAAGCAGAGACGCAGAGAGAGAGGAAACACCACAGCGACUCGGACACCAUGGAGCCCUUAAUGAAACUGGAGAGGUCCAAACAACCCUGA